GCUACAGUAUCAACAGAAAACCAUCGAUUCUAUCCACUCGCCUGGCAUUAUUACACGUUCACCAUAUACAUAAAUACACAAUCAUGGCCCCAACCGCCCCCUCCACCAAGCGCAAAUCCCUCCGCCUCAAAGCAACCGAGCGCCUAGCCAACCCCCUCGCCCCGCGCAAAGUCCACCGCCCAGACUCCGCCGUGACCGACUCCUUCCUCGACACCAAGGCCGACCGCGCCCGCAUCCGUCGCGCCACCUUCAUCUCCCGCAUCACCAAGCCCUCCUCCACAGCGUCCUCGCGGUCCAGCCGCAAAAACGCAAAGCGCCACGAGUCCCGGCGCAGGCGCGAGGCACAGGCCGAAGCAGCCGUCGCCAUGGGUGGACUGGCGGACGCCUUACCCGAGCUCACAGCAGAGGAGGUUGGGGCGGGCGAGGCGGCGCGUGGGGGCAAAGUCAGGCACAGGAGCUUGGGCAGCCGGCCGGGGGCGCUCAGGAGGAAGGAGCGCGUGGUUAGGGGGGAGAUGGAGAGGUUUGGCCUCAGCCUGGCGCAGCUGUCGAGCGUCAAGGAGGAGGGGGCGAGGAGUGCCGCCGCUUCUGCCACGGGCGCGGGUGCUGGUGCUGGGACCGGGGACACGGCGAUGGCGGGGGCAGAGGGGGUACCGGCGGCGGCGGCGAGUACCUCUGCCAACAGAUUUGCAGCGUUGAGGGGGUUCAUAUCGGCCACUAUGGAGCAGAAUCCUGCCUUUGCGAACAGA